UUUUUUUGCAUAUUGAUUAAAAGUCAUCGCCUGUGGUAGGCUACACCCACUUCAGCAGCUCUACUUUAUAAAGAGUAGAUAAUGUACUAUCGUAAGUGGACCUGUGUCCUAUAGGGUUAACUGUACCGAUGCGCCGCCCUCUGAUGAACAGAAUAUAAACGCUGCUGGCACACGUUCUGAUUUGCCGUGACAUCACCCCACUGGAACCGCCAAGCAUUCCGCUAAUCUGAACCUUUACAAACGAGUUGAUAAAAUUUAUAAUUCAGACCUGUACAAAUGGAGAAGCAGGUUGCUGAUGGGUUGAGGGAAGUCUUCCAGUCAGGCAGGUCCAGACCCCUGCAGUACAGAAAACAGCAGCUCAGAGCCCUGCUCCGCCUCAUCACUGAACGCCAAGAAGACAUCGAGCAAGCUCUAAAACAAGACCUCAACAGGAAUACAUACAACACUUCACUCUUUGAGCUGAUCAGCAUCGAGAAUGACAUCAAGUUGGCGGAAAGCGAGUUGGGAGACUGGGCAGCUCCUCGGCCUGUGAAGAAGAAUCUCAACAGCGCACUGGAUGAUGUUUACAUAAAGCCUGAACCUUUGGGGGUUGUGCUGAUAAUUGGAACCUGGAACUACCCAUGGGCCAUGAUCCUGCAGCCCCUGGUUGGAGCUAUUGCAGCUGGCAACGCAGCUGUGUUGAAACCAUCAGAGCUGAGUGAGCACUCUGCUAGACUUAUGAAAGAACUGCUUCCUCUUUAUCUGGAUAAGGAGAUGUAUCAAGUGGUGACAGGAGGGGUUGCAGAGACCCAGGAGCUGCUGAAGCAGCGUUUUGACCACAUCUUCUACACCGGGAGCAGCACGGUGGGGAAACUGGUGAUGGAAGCUGCAGCUCAUCAUCUCACACCAGUGACUUUAGAACUGGGAGGAAAAAGCCCCUGUUAUAUUGACAAGAACUGUGACAUUGCUGUGGCAUGCCGGCGAAUAACCUGGGGGAAGUUUGCAAAUUGUGGCCAGACAUGCAUUGCUCCUGACUACAUUCUGUGUGAGCCAAGCAUCCAGGACAGAAUAGUUGAAGAGAUUCAAAAAACACUACUGGAGUUCUACCAGAAGGACCCUAAAAGCUCUCCAGAUUAUUGCCGAAUCAUUAAUACACGUCACUUUGACAGAGUAUUGGCUCUAAUGAAUGAAUGCACCAUUGCUCUUGGAGGAGAGAGUGAUCGCUCACAAUGUUUCAUAGCUCCUACGGUUCUGAAGGAUGUUUUACCCCAUUUCAAAAUCAUGCAAGAAGAAAUCUUUGGACCACUGCUGCCAAUCGUCACUGUUAAUGGCUUGAAUGAGGCCAUACAUUUCAUCAAUGCAAGAGAAAAGCCAUUGGCGCUCUAUGUGUUUUCCUCUGAUAAAACGGUGAUUAAGCGAAUGUUAACUGAAACCAGCAGUGGAGGAGUGACUGUUAAUGAUGUCUUGAUGCAUUACACUGUCAAUAGCUUACCUUUUGGAGGUGUAGGAAACAGUGGAAUGGGCAGAUAUCAUGGGAGACACACGUUUGACCAGCUGAGUCACCAUCGUGCCUGUCUCAUCAAGUCUUUUGCUAUGGAGGGUUUGAAUGACGCUCGUUACCCUCCGCUAACAGCAGCCCGACUGCGCAAGGCCAAGUUUUUCAUGCAGCAUCGCAUGUGCAGCUGUAGUGGGAUAUGUGUGUGGGCCAUCAUCGCAACCCUGUUAGCAAUUGGUCUGCUUGUUGCCUUAAUAGUUGUGCUCACUGUGCUGAUAUAAAUACAAAAAAAAAAAACUUUUACAGCUUAUAACAUGGCAUUGCUGAUUUGGCUUUGUGGUCCAGGGUCACAUAUGUUCUUUCAAUUGAAGUCGAUACGUAUUACAUUGUAUUUUGAUUCCUAUGCAAUAGAUUUAUUCAAGGGAGGUUAUUACACCCAAGAGCAUUUUAGGAACGAAAACCUUAAAAGUGCUUUUUAGGAAAAACACGUUUAUUUGGAAACAGACCAUAUCACUGACCAUAUUACAUUAUGGAAAUUUGAAUUGACACCCAAGGUAAAAUUCAGUUCGUUACCACUUUGGGUGUGAUUCAUUUGAUUCUAAGUAAUGUUCUGUUGUCAUUUGUAUCAUAUUAAUGAAUUUUACUCAUGGUUUUAUACAGUUUGUUCAGAAAUAUGAUGCGAUUGUACUUCCUGUCACGGUUUAUCUGUUUGGUUAAUGAGUAUUUCCCAGCAGACUGCCUUUUGGAUCAAGCUUUGUUUAAUUACUGAAGACUUUCCAUUCCUCUAACAGUGCAUGAUUGUUCAUAAUCAGUGUUCCUUCCCACUUGCACAGGAGACUCCAGUUUGAAGCAACAUUCUCCUCAGUAUAAUCUUAAUCUCGUAUAGCAUACCUUAAGAAUAUUUUUACAAACAUUAAAUUUUUAUCACUUUGAUAUAAAACAGUGUUUAUAACGUACAUUAUCUUUUCAAAUUUAGACACCUUUUCAGUUUAUUUUCAUCUUCUAAAUACAAUUAAUAAGACAUUUCUAUGGAUUUCUUCUACUCGUGUAGAGAAUUUGACCUGCUGAAUUGGGCAACAACUGCACAUUUAGAUCUUCAAACAAAUUAGCAUCAAUCCUGUGAUGCAGCAGUACAGUGCAAGCAUUGUUCUCCAUUGUUCCUGCUGUUAUCCAGCUUAUCUUCUUUAUGCGGUGGAGAGCUUUAGCACAAGCUUUCAUCUAUAUUUAUGUUAACAAAUGUUUACUUAUUACAAUUUCUUGUUGUUUUUAUCUAACAUUUUGUUAUAAUAUUAGUACUGAAAACAGUCUGAGACACUUAUCAUUAAAUCUGUUAUAGUAUUAGACAACAUAGAUCUCUGUAUAAUAUUGACAGUCCAGUCAUUUAAAAUAUAUUAUAUUAUAUUAUAGCGUUUAAUGUUAUAAUGUCAUGUGGAUUUGUUGUCAUCUAUUUUUGUAUUUGAUGUUGAUUAAAAAUUUUUAGGUAACGCUUUCAGUAUUGUUUAGAUUACAACAUUUGGACACAUUUUGACCCCGUUUUAAAUUCACAUCUACAACUGCCCUCAAUAUCCAGCAGAUGGCGCGCUCUCAUAAUUUAACAUAAAAAAAAACCUGGAUGUCUGCACCUUCAUCAGCAAGAUGUUGCCUUAAUUAUAUCAAUAAACUCUUCUUACCAGUGAUUAUUAGUCCUGCUGCUGCUCCAUGCACUUUGUCCUCAAUAUAUAAUAAUUGUGAAACCACUAUGGCAGAGUGUCAAACACUCCUUUUCAACCAAUAAAUUGAAUUAUGAAAA